AUGGCGACUGCGAUUUUACGACAACGACAUGAAAACAAUAAACGUGACAAAACCGAUGUGGAAUUACGUGUUAUUGGAGCUGGGUUACCACGUACGGGAACGUUAUCAUUGAAAACUGCACUUGAAAUUCUCGGUUUUGGUCCUUGUCAUCAUAUGGUUGAUUUGAUGAGAGAACCUGACCGAAUAAUUGGAUUUAUUCAAGCAUAUGAUGGUGAAAAUGUUGAUUUUCGUCAAUUGUUGAAAGGUUAUCGGUCAACUGUCGAUGCACCAACAGUUGAUUUCUACAAAGAAAUUCAACAAGCGUAUCCAAACGCAAAAAUUAUCCUUUCGGUACGAGAUAGUAAUGAAAAAUGGUUCGAAAGUUUCCAAAAUACAAUUGGUUUAAUAACGUGCAGCCGUUUUUAUCGCUUUGCAGUUUAUCCUUUACGGUUUUUACGUUUACAAAGUCAAAUGGGAGAGAAAACGACUCAAAAAUGGAUUCGCGAUUACGGUUCAAUUGAUUCAAAAAUGCACGAAAAACAUAAUCAACGAGUAAUCAAUGAAAACAAACGAGGCGAUGUCCUUGUCUAUAAUGUUAAAGAAGGAUGGGAGCCUUUAUGUCGAUUUUUGGAAGUUGACGUACCGGAAAAUAUUCCUUUUCCUAAUGUCAAUGACACAAAGGAGUUUCAACGAAGGAUAACAUUGGCGAAAAUUCUCGGUUUAUGUUUGUGGGCUGGUAUUGGUUUUGUUUUUACUGGAUUUUCUUAUUUCUUUUUAAGAAAAACAUAUUUGAUUUGA